AUGGACAAAUCAAAAGUUAAAUCGAUAUUACCAAAACCUUCACCCAGUAUUCUGCCUUCCCUCACUCCACAACCUCCAACUUUAAAAAGGAAAUUCAGUGAACCAAAAAGAUCUAGUCUUGGAGGAAGUCCUGGGAAAUCUCCUACUUCAAUAACAACUUCAAAUAAAAUAUCUAAGAAGUAUGAGAAACCAAAACCCACUGGCCAUAGACCUGUUACAUCUUGUACCUUUUGUAGACAACAUAAAAUCAAAUGUAAUGCAUCAGAGAAUUUCCCCAAUCCAUGUACUAGAUGUGAUAGAAUGAGUUUAAAAUGUGAAAUUGAUCCUCAGUUCAGACCAAAGAAAGGUUCCCAAAUCCAAUCACUCAAGAAUGAUGUCGAUGAAUUAAAGGCUAAAAUCGAAAUGUUGACAAAGAAUGAAAAUUUAUUAACCCAAGCUUUGACUCAACAAAAUUUAUCAACUAUGAAUUUGAACAUUUUAAGUCAAGAUCAAAAAACCUCGGAUUAUGAUAUGGAUAGUAUUUCAUAUGAUGUUGAUUUCACACCUACUGAUGACCUUGGAACUCCAACUUAUUCACCAAAAGUUGAUUUUAGAAUCGCCAAUACCUUAAAUAAAGAUGAUAACUCCGAUAAUUCUCCGUUGAGAAGUUCCGACUUACCUGCAAUUGAAGAAUUUAUUCUUGGUGAUGUUCAUUUACCUUUAUCUAAAGCUAAUGAAUUACAUAGUAGGUUUGUUACUCAAUACCUUCCAUAUUUACCUAUUUUAAAAUCCAAUAAUGCUACUGAAUUAUAUUAUAAAUCUCAAUUGUUAUUUUGGUCAAUAAUGUUAACUGCUUCAUUGAGUGAACCUGAACCUUCAUUAUACAUGAGUUUAAGUUCGUUGAUCAAACAAUUAGCUAUUGAAACGUGCUGGAUUAGGACUCCAAGGUCCACUCAUGUUAUUCAAUCAUUAAUUAUCUUGAGUAUAUGGCCUUUGCCAAAUGAAAAAGUUCUUGAUGAUACUUCAUAUAGAUUCAUCGGGUUAGCCAAAAAUUUAUCUUUACAAUUGGGUUUACAUAGAGGUGGUGAAUUCAUUAAAGAAUUCAGUAGAACUCAAGUAAAUUUAGGUCCUGAUUCGGAGAAAUGGAGAACUAGAAGUUGGUUAUCAGUAUUUUUCUGUGAACAGUUUUGGUCAUCUACUUUGGGUUUACCUCCUUCGAUCAACACCACUGAUUAUCUUCUAGAAAAUGCCAGAAUAGAUAAUAAUUUACCAAAAAAUUUCAGAAACUUAAUCAGUUUAUCAAUUUUCCAAUGUAAAUUAGUGAAUGUUAUGGGUAUUUCUGUUACUAGACCUGAUGGUUUAUUGGAGCCUUCCAAUAGAGCAGGUUCUUUGAAUAUUUUGGAUAGAGAAUUGGAAAGAUUGAAAUUCAAAUUGAAAAUAGAAGAUAAUUCCCCUAUAGAAGUUUAUUUCCUUUACAUCAAAUUGAUGAUCUGUGGAUUUGCUUUCUUACCUGGUACCCCAAUCGAGGAUCAAGUCAAAUAUGUUAGUUCAGCUUAUUUAGCAUCGACAAGAAUCAUUACUAUAGUAUCUCAAAUGAUCAAUAGUAAUAAAGCUACGUUGAUAGAAUUACCUAUUUACAUAAGACAAUCUUUAACUUACAGUGUAUUCUUAUUAUUCAAAUUACAUUUAUCAAGAUAUUUAAUCGAUAGAUAUAUUGACAGUGCUAGACAAUCAAUUGUUACUGUUCAUAGAUUGUUGAGAAACACUUUAUCUUCAUGGAAAGAUUUACAAAAUGAUAUUUCCAGAACUGCCAAAGUUUUAGAAAACUUAAAUAUUGUGUUAUAUACCUAUCCAGAGGUCUUUGUUACAGAUGAAGAUAGUUCAAUUAUUUCAAAAAUUAGAAGUCAUUUGACUGCAUCAUUAUUCUAUGAUUUAGUCUGGUGUGUUCAUGAAGCAAGAAGAAGAACUGUUUUAGAUAAACAAGAAGGUAAAGAAGUCAGUACUAAAAAGAAAGAGGAUGUAAGUAAAUUAGCACCUUUACCAUUCUAUAAUCAAAUUACUAAAGAUGAUUUCAAAACAAUAAUCACCACAACUCCAAAUGGUACUACAAUAACAACUUUGGUACCAACAGAUCAAGCUAUGCUGAAUGCAAAAAUGAAAAGUAAUAACAAACCUCUAGAAAUCAAUGGUAUACCUUUACUGAUGUUAGAAGCUACAGGAUCUUAUAAAGAUGGUAAAACUAGCCCUAAAUUAAUCAAGAGUCAAUUAUCCCCCAGACCUGCUUUUACUUCCACCAAUGCUAUCAUGCCAGAAAUUGUUCAAGGAUCACCAAAUUAUUUGAAUCAAGAAUAUGAAUUACCCAGUGAUCAAAUGUUUAAUUCUAAUAUGAUAAUGGAAAAUCAAUUAUCACCAGUGAUAAAUGAUCAAAUGGAUAAUUUCUUCCAACAACAGUCCAACGGGUGGAUCGAUAAUCAAGAUGACGAUUUCUUGGGAUGGUUUGAUACCAAUCCAAUGCAAUAA